AUGAAAAUUGACGUUAUCGAUGCAUCUCGUGGUCGCGGCAAGCAAUUUGGCCGCGACAUUCUAAGUCAAAACACGAUAAAGUGUUUUCGGUGCGGCAAGACAGGCCAUCGUGCGACCGUUUGCCGAGCACCUGCGCCGGUGUCCAUGAACACAGCUGUCUCCCGUGGAGAUACGGUGUCGUCGGUGGUCCCGCCAAAAAACGAGAGGUUCCAGUAG